AUGCAAGACAAUAUAUACUUGAAUAGCGAUAUGGUCCAAAAGCUCAACCAUACUAUUCAAGAGUACGUUAGGGACAUUCUGCGCAACCAGUCCAUAAUCAAUGAGGAUGUGGUAGCAGACCCUCGCAUCGUUAUGGGAACCUCAAUGGUAGCUACCAUUUUCACAUUAUAUGUUGGGUACAAGCUGCUGUUAUGCUCUUCGGGAUACAAAUACAAGGCUAGGAAGUUUAAUGUGUCUACACCAGAAGAAGUGCAGCCCAAUUGGAAAGGUAAGCGAUUGAAUCCUCCAAAAUUGGUUGAUGACAGUAAGCCAAGACAUAUCCAAAGUUAUUGUCCAGCAACUGGUCAAUACUUGGGGGAAUUCAAGUCUAUGACCGCUGAUGAGAUCGAUGAAUUGGUAGGCAAUGCUAACGCUGCUCAAAUGAAAUGGGCUGAAUCAUCAAUUGCUAAGAGACUCGAAGUGCUAGCUACUCUUCAAAAGUUCAUUUUAGAAAACCAAGAUUUAAUAGCUAAAGUAGCUUGUCGUGAUUCUGGUAAGACAAUGUUAGAUGCAUCAAUGGGUGAGAUUUUGGUAACUUUGGAAAAAAUUCAAUGGAUCUUGAAACAUGGACCUAGCACUUUGGAACCAUCAAGACGUCCAGGACCAACAAACUUUUUUAUGAAAUUCUACAAAGGCGCUGAAGUCCGUUACGAACCACUUGGCGUCAUUAGCUCUAUUGUAUCCUGGAACUAUCCAUUCCAUAACCUAAUGGGUCCAAUAAUUGCUUCCAUCUUCACUGGUAAUGCUAUUAUUGUGAAAUGUUCUGAACAAGUUGUCUGGUCAUCUGAAUUUUUUAUUGAAAUGGUUAGAAAGUGCUUAGAUGUUUGUGACGUCGAUUCCAAUAUUGUUCAAUUAUGCUACUGUUUGCCACCUACAAAGGAUGAUGAUGCAGCUAAUCACUUUACAUCUCACCCAGGGAUUAAGCAUAUCACAUUUAUUGGCAGUCAAUCAGUUGCUUCUCACAUUCUAAACUGUGCAUCUAAGUCUUUGACACCGGUUGUUGUAGAGUUGGGAGGUAAAGACGCAUUCAUUGUUCUUGAUUCAGUUAAAGAUCUUGAUGCAUUAUCUUCCAUCAUAUUGAGAGGUACAUUCCAAUCUUCUGGUCAAAACUGUAUUGGUAUUGAGAGAGUAAUUGUAAGUGAAAAGAACUAUGAUCAGCUGGUAAACAUACUAGAAAAGCGUAUGAAAGAAACACCUUUGCGUCAGGGUUCUGACAUUGAUCAUUUGGAAGUUGUUGACAUGGGAGCUAUGAUUUCUGACAAUAGAUUUAAGACAUUAGAGGCUCUCAUCCAAGAUGCAGUUUCUAAAGGUGCCAGACUUUUAUAUGGUGGAUCCCAAUAUAAUCACCCAAAAUAUCCACAAGGCCAUUAUUUCCAGCCAACGCUCUUGGUUGAUGUUACACCUGACAUGGAUAUUGCCCAAAAUGAAGUCUUUGGUCCUGUACUAGUCAUGAUGAAAGCAAAAGAUACUAGCAACUGUAUUGAGUUGGCAAAUGCCGCUCCAUUCGGUUUAGGUGGCUCUGUAUUUGGUAGCGAUUAUUCUGAGUGCAAUUUUGUUGCAAAUAAACUGAAAACUGGUAAUGUUGCCAUAAAUGACUUCGCUACCUUUUAUGUCUGUCAACUACCAUUUGGUGGUAUCAACGGUUCUGGUUAUGGUAAAUUUGGUGGUGAAGAAGGUCUUUUGGGAUUAUGCAAUGCUAAAAGUGUGUGCUUCGACACAUUGCCUUUUAUAUCAACACAAAUUCCCAAGCCUUUGGACUAUCCUAUUCAAAGCAAUGACAAGGCAUGGAGAUUUGUUAAGAGCUUCAUCACUGGGUCAUAUGCUAUGACUACUUGGCAAAGAAUUAAAGCUUUGGUGUCGUUGGCGAAGAAUGCCAACUAA